AUGGGCAGCACCUACUACUACUACUACGAACUGGACGGCUCUCACGAGACCCACGACCCUACUCGCCCCUCCACCAGGCAUUGUCCUUACAUGCCCGGACAAACAGUCAACUCAUUGUUUGUCCCCAUUCAACGAACUCUCCGUAAACGAAGCGCCUCCCUCACCUCAAUGAGGAACGCCGACUUUAUGACCAUGAACCCCAAGGACAAGUUCGUCACUCCUCGUCCCGCUCCUCCGGCCCCCGGCGCCAUGGCCGGCCCUCGACUCGGCUCCUCUCCACACACGCUCCGACACCAGUCCUCGGCCCGAUCCCUCUCGCCCAACCCCUCGUGGAAGCGAUUCUUCAGGAAAUCGGCCCGCGACGACCGCGAGACGAUGGUGUCUCCCGAACCGGACGACAACCGGAGCGAGAGGUCUUGGGGAAGCGGUAGCCGAUCGCGGGACAUCUCACCUGAGUCACUCCGCCGGUUCCUUUGCGACGACACCAUUCCUACCUCACCCGUCGACGAGAGGCCGGUGAUGAUGAUUCCUGAAGAUAUUGCCGAGGAGAUGGAGGACGACGAUAACUUCGCCACACCGGACACCUCGGACGUUCCCUAUGCCACCUGCCUAGCUCCACCCCCCUUCAAGCGAACGACAUCCUCCCUCUCUAUUUCCGUCUUGGCGAACGAUACCCCGGAGCCGGUCGCCCAAAUGCCCGCCGACGUGGCACUCCCUGAAUCCCCCACCAUCCCCGACUUCGAAUCUACUCUCCGCUCUCGCUUCUCCUUCUCCUCUCUCUCCAGCUAUGCCUCUUCGGCCGGCGCUAGUCCCGAGGUCGAGACCCCACCUAUCUACGACCUCCUCGAUACUCUCGAGUUCGCCACUUCGUCGAACGACGUAGACGAGCCUCUUCACCAUCAGUCGCCCGUCCCUAAGCAGUCUCUGGAGCGGCAGUACAGCCUUCCCCAGACUGCCGUAGGUACCAAGGCCGGUGUCGAGGCGAGCAGUGCGCUUAUCUCUUCUCCCAUCGAUGUCGGUAUGGACGACCUCGUUGCCGAGCUUGGCUGGAUGGCCAACGUGAUUGGCAAGAACUAA